AUGGCUAGAUUAGAAGCAGCAGCAGAAGCUUAUGUGGAUAACUCAACAACUUUUGACUCGUUUGGCCUUGAUCCUAGAAUUUUACAGGCCAUUAACGAGCUGGGUUAUGAGCAUCCGACAUUAGUUCAGGCUAAAGCUAUUCCUUUAGCUUUGCAAGAGAAACGAGAUGUCAUUGCAAAGGCAAGUACAGGAACGGGGAAAACAGCUGCUUACUGCAUUCCUAUUUUGCAAAGUAUUUUAAGCAACAAUAAUAGAACGCCCGGUAUUCAAGCUGUUAUCUUGGUGCCCACAAGAGAACUAUCUGUUCAGGUUGACAAGUUUUUGGACAGUCUUACAAGUUUCUGCAGCAAAAAGGUUAAGUGUUUGAAUCUGUCUAAUAGUGUCAGUGAACAGAUCCAUCUAGCACAGUUGUCAGAACUUCCUGAAAUUGUCAUAUCUACUCCAACCAAGUUAUUGCAACUCUUGAAGAAAAGUUCAAAAGUAAACCUGAGCCAGCUCAAAUAUUUUGUCAUCGAUGAAGUGGACCUUAUCUUUUCCUAUGGAUAUGACGAUGAUUUGAAGGAACUAACUGAGCUCUAUUUGAACUUACAAAAUAAAAUUCAGGUGUUCUUGAUGAGUGCUACUAUGAAUGAAGACGUUGAACAGCUGAAAGCUUUGUAUUGUAAGGCACCUGCUGUGUUAAAACUAAACGACGAUGCGAUAAAAAGUUCCAAUUUAGUUCAGUACUAUUGCAAAACCGGUGAACUGGAAAAAUUUUUGCUGAGUUAUGUCAUAUUUAAAUUGAACCUGAUCAAAGGUAAGACCUUGAUCUUUGUCAAUAACAUUGAUAGAGGAUACCGAUUGAAACUCUUUCUGGAACAGUUUGGUAUCAAGUCAUGUUUGCUAAACAACGAACUUCCGUUGAGUUCAAGAAUGCAUACUGUGGAUCAAUUCAACAAGAAUGUCUAUCGGUUAUUAAUUGCAACUGAUGAGAGUAGCGUGGGAGAAGAAAGGGAAGAAGAUUUUUUGGAAGAAGCAAAUGAAACUGAAACGAAUGCUGAUGAAAAAGUAGCUGAAAAGAAAUCUACCGAGAAUAAUACAGAGAAAACUGAAGAGAAUGAAGACGGAGAGGAGGAGAUAGAAGAGGAAGAAAAAAUCAACAGUAAAAGCUCCAAGCAAAGGGAUUCAGGUUUUUCCAGAGGUGUGGAUUUUAAAAAUGUAGCCUGCGUGCUGAAUUUCGAUCUUCCAACAACAGCCAAGUCAUAUGUUCAUAGAGUUGGAAGAACGGCAAGAGCAGGAAAGUCUGGUAUGGCACUCUCAUUUGUUGUCGAAAAGAGGUUAUGGAAUAAACACAUUGCUUCCAACUUAAAAAGUGCCAAGAGAGAUGAAAAGAUUCUGGCCAGAAUAAUGACGGCUCAAGGUAGAAUAGGCUCCAAACUGGAACCUUAUCAUUUCAACGAGUCCCAGGUAGAAGGUUUCAGAUACCGUAUGGAAGAUGCAUUCAGAGCCGUCACCGCCACAGCUAUUAGGAAUGCUAGAAUCAAGGAGAUCAAGCAAGAAAUCAUGGUCAAUGAAAAGUUACAGAGACAUUUUGAAGAGAACCCACAAGACUUACUAUCUUUGAGGCAUGAUAAAGAACUGCAUCCAAAUAGAGUUCAACCUCAUUUGAAGAGAGUUCCCGAUUACCUGCUCCCGAAGGGAGCCAGAUCUCACCCAACGGUUGGAUUUGUGCCUUUCAAGAAUACAAACCCAAAUAAGCAUGAGAAGAGAGGCCCAAGAGGAGGCGUGAGGAAAAGAGUUAAUCCUUUGAAAAAGUUCAAGAGGUGA